AUGCCGGUGUCAAGAAUGCGCAUGAGGCCCUGGCUGGAAAUGCAGAUCAAUUCCAAUCAAAUCCCUGGGCUGAUAUGGAUUAACAAGGAUAAGAGAAUGUUCCAAAUCCCCUGGAAACACGCAGCUAAGCAUGGCUGGGACAUGGAGAAGGAUGCCUGCCUUUUCAGGAACUGGGCCAUUCAUACAGGGCGAUAUAAAGUAGGGGAGAAGGACCCUGAUCCCAAAACCUGGAAGGCAAACUUCCGCUGCGCCAUGAAUUCGCUGCCUGACAUCGAGGAGGUGAAAGACAAAAGCAUCAACAAAGGCUCCAGUGCUGUCAGGGUGUACAGGAUGUUGCCACCCUUGACAAAGGAUCAGAAGAAAGAAAGGAAGUCAAAAUCUUCAAGAGAAGCAAGAAGCAGGAGCAAGAGAAAGUUGCAUGAAGAUGUGAAGAUAGAGGAGUCAGCAGAAACGCUAACCAACACUUCUCUGCCAGAUGACCACAGCAGCUACACUGUUCAUGACUACACAGGACAGGAAGUGGAGGUGGAGAGCGGCUCCAUCAACCUAGACCUCUCCUCGUGCGAGGUGAGCGGCUCCUUGACUGACUGGAGGCCAUCGAUGGAAAUCACCAUGGCUGACAGCACCAACGACCUCUACCACCUCCAGGUGUCUCCUCUGGCUUCGUCCUCAGAAGUCACAGAUGAAGAUGAGGAGGAAAUGAAAUCAGAGAUCUUUAAGCUGCUUGAGCCAGCCCAAGACUGGCAUGCCACCAGUGUUGGGGGGAAAGGCUUCCUCAUCAACGAGCUGGGCACGCAGAGCAUGUGCAGCACCUACAGCUACAAGGAGCAGGAUGUGGAGAUCGACACAACUUCAGGAGAGCUGGAGUUGAGGCUCCUCGACCAGAAAAACAUCCUAGACUUCCCCUGGUUCGAGACCGUGAGACCUACCAUGCAAGUCAUUCCCUGUGGCUUGUAAAGCUUACUCCAGCCAUGAACUGCUCCUAGGUAGAAACUUGGCCAAGCCUGAAGGGAAUGGAAGAAGUUGUUUGUUACUGACCCAAGGAAGAAAGUAGCUUUUAUAUUCCGUUUUAACUCCUAAGCCUGGAAAGG